UUUCAGUGGUAUUUGAUCCACGGCCCGCCCCUUUCCUCAUCCUCCGCGCCGCGCCGCUCCGCACACCCGGCGCACCAGCGGGGCAGUCCGGCUGCACCAGCGGCUCACUCGGACCACACCAACUUAUAUUACAUUUCGACUGGAAAGAUAAUUAAACUGGAGUCAACCAGUCUCCAUUUCUUCGUAGCUGCGUUUCCUGGGGAAUCUGAACCAGAGGACCAGCAGACCAGGGUGGUAGCAGCCAGGCCUUGUCCAUAAAGCGGUGCCCUACCGGGGUAAUAGAGGAGAUGAGGGAUUAAAGGAUAAUCCAGGAUGGUUCCAUGGUGCAACCACAGAACCGUUUGCAGCUGGACCUAUUUCUGAGCUGAUGUCGACAAAGCCAAAGCGCAAAGCAAGCCAGGCAAACCUGACCAUACUCCAACUGGCCCAGCUGCCUCCAGGAACACAACUGCAUAGUGUUCUCCUCAAUUUAUGUCUGUUUAAUCCAGCCAGCUAUGCAUAACAACAAGCUACAAAGAGAGGGACAGAGUUUGGCCUGCACAUGAUAAACAGAGAUAAUAUUCCAUUGAACUAUUUGGCGCUGCAGGCCUGGAGUUCAACUCUUCAGCUUUAGAAAUUACAUGGUUUCAAGAUCUUGGAAUAACCUUUCAGAGCUAUUUUUCAGGUCUGGACUUUGGACUGCUGAACUGUCAGUGAUUUUUGCAUAAAUCUGAGACAAGAAAAGUUGGACUUUCUAGUUCAGUUUUGCCUUUCGUUUGGAUUAAAAGCCACUCAAGACAUUUUUUCAGGUUGGUUUUCAAGAAGCAUUAAGCCAUGAAUCUUCAGGAAAAGCUGUCAGGCCUGAAAGGUCUGGUCUCACACUCCCACAGCAAGCGCCGCUUUAAAACUGACCUCACGGUGGACAUGAUCAGCCCACCUCUGGGUGACUUCCGCCAUACCAUGCACGUAGGCCGCGGCGGCGACGUGUUUGGGGACACCUCCUUCCUCAGCAACCACGGCGGGACGGCCAAUGGGAACAACAGGGAAACAGAUUCUAUUUCCACCCCUGACAACAAGAUCGGAGCGUUCUUUUCCAGGACGAUCCGUCAAAUCAGGAGGGGCUCUGACAACCGACCCAGAGGAGGAUCCAAGGAUCUCUCACCGCCGCCUCCUGCCGUUUCUCCCAUCAUCAAGAAUGCCAUCUCCCUCCCCAGGCUGGACGUGGAUAUGUCUAAUGGGAGUCCCACCACCAAAGUGCUCUUUCCCAGUUCCCAAAGUACACCAGAGGAGAAGAAAAGCUCUUAUGGUCUGGAGUCUGGUUUCGUCACUCUCCCUCGUCUCUCCCGCUCUGAGCGUCAGCAGCCCUCCAUCUCCCUCCCCACCUCCUGCUCGCCUAACAUCCACAGAGGCUCUCUGACCGACCCCACUGAUGCCAUCUUAUCCACCUGCUCCACCAUGAUUGUGACCUCUGACCCCAAACCCAGCACCACUGCCUUCUCCGAUUCCCUCCCCUCCCUCGCCUCCCUGGACACCUUCACCUUUGACCUUGGCCCCUCCCUCAUGAGCGAGGUGUUCGGCCUGAUCGACAGCCACCCGGAGGAGCAUGGCCAUACCUGGGAGGGAGAGGAGGCUGGGUCAGCGUGCGGGCUGACCAAUGAGGGAUCGGAGAUGGACUCGGCCACUAUCUCGUACGUGGAUUCCCUGCUGAGGGAGGACUGUGGGGGCCGGAGGAGCCCGCAUGCAGCCGACUGGGAAAAGGAGGAAACUGUGAUGGAGGUGAACGGAGUCGGGCUUUCUGUUAAAGUACCUGAUGUGGUGAUGGGGUCUCCUGAACGAGCAAGGUUGGGAAUGGGGAUGGAAAGCGAGCGGUUCCAGAGCGCUACAGAUGUGCUUGCGCGCCAUUAUGGCAUCAGCCUCUUAAAGGGACAGAGCAAGAUGGAGGCUUCAGAUUCAGAGAUGAGGAUCAUCAGCCAGCCCAAGAAGAAAAUGUCCUACAGUUACAUGGACGACGAGGACGAAAUCAAAGUCUGAGCUGAGCAAAUCAGAGAUGUUUUCACACUAAACUAAAAAAAACCAUUAACUGAUGUAUGAUUUCUCUAUAAUUCCAAAUCAAUUACCUAAAAUCCUUUUACGGUCAACGAGGCUGGCUCUGUUGACAAGAAGACUAUGAAAACUACAACCUGAAUCCAGUAUCCUUAAAACUGGAUCUUUUAUAGAAUUACGCUUCAAGGAUGUACAGUUUUGAUGCAAACGUGUGGUUGAAUGUAUCUAAAAGGAGUGAAAGACUUGCUGCUGCAAUUUUCCAAGCUCAGCACAGAACGGGAGACUGCUUUUUUUCCAAUGUCAUGAUUUUAAAAAGAUUAAAACAAAAAGGAAGCGUGGAAAGUGAUGAUGUACCAGAUAAUGUGGUUAAGAUUGCAGACAGUGGAAACACCAGCAUUACUCAAUGUAGAAGCUACAAAGCCUGUCAUUCACUUUAUACUUUACACACUUCCUCACACAUAAGAGGGGAAAAGAUUCUUAGUGCAAGUCCAGGUCUCUAAUGAGAAGAGAGAGAGAGAGAGAGAAAGGAAGUGGGGAUUCAAAAAAUAGAUUUAAUCUUAUUACAACCUUUUGACAUCACUACAAUCUCUCGUCAGCUUUUCACUCAGGAAUACACUACCAGGAAAGAAAAAGGGAAGAGCAUUAAUGAGAGAUCUGGAAUCUCAGGAUCAGCCUCGUCACACAGAAAUGCGCAGACAUCUCAGAUGUUAAACUGCUCGGACUGAGGGAAUAUGACAAGUUAAUACCGGUAUUUGCUAGAAGAAGUUAAAGCCUGAACCAUAUAAUUGUUCAUUCUAUGCUGCAGACCUUCUAUAUAGAUACUCCGUGCACCUUUUAUGAAUAUGAAGUCUGACUCCUGUAUUGCUUUUUAUAGAAGAAUUGUCAUUUUUAUGUUAUUUUAUACAACUGUACAUGAAGAUAUCAACUGACCUCCUAUAAAUAUGUACUUACAGUAUGAGCACCUGCAGUACAUAGUGCAAUUCACAUCCAUAUGCUGCAGUCAGUACCAAUGAUAUACUAUGAUGAUAUAAAUUGACAAUAAAGAUGUUUUUAAUUAGG